AUGGGAAAUUGUGCUCCCCAAUACCAUGAUCUGCACCAUCCCGAGUAUCCGCAGAUCAAUCACCAAUCUUCUUCUCCUUCAUCCUACAAUUAUCCGGCACAAGAAUUAUCAUUGGAAGACACAAUCAAAGCAUAUACAGAAAAGAUGAAACAGAAUAUACAAGAGCUCAGAAGUGUUCAAGCUAAUUUCUCCAACACAGGGUUUGAUUCAAAUUCUAGUUUUUACAACCCAGAUGGUAGCAACCAUUCUGAUAUCUCAUGGCAAGAUCAAGCCACAAGAAAUUAUGCUCCCCUACACAAUGAACUGCAUCAUCUUGAAUAUUUGCAGUUCAAAAACCAAGUCCUCCAUCCUUCAUCAUAUGAUCCCUUUCCUAAAAAAUUAUCAUUGGAAGAAACACUCCAAGCAUUCAUACAGACAAGCAAUCGAAAUAUACAAGAGCUUAAAAAGGUCACCAUGAGCAACGACCAGAUUAUGCAAGAGCUUAAACAGAGUAGACAAGAGCUGAAGAAUGCCACUAUGAGCAAUAGUCAGGCUAUAAAAGAGCUUACACAUGAGAUCAGGGAUUCAACUCAGUUCACACAUCAAGCUUUUGCCAAGAAAGAAGAACAAAUCGAUUAUCUGGUUGUUGAAUUCAACAGAAUGGAGGAAGAAGAGCUUCAAAGUCAGCUGAUGGCUGAAGGGCAUUACAAGAUUGAUGAGGAUGAUGUUAGCCAUUCUUGUCAUGAGAAUAUUCCUGACACCAGCAUACUCGAGAGUAAUGAAAUUGAUAACAAUGAGGAGGAAGGAAAAGAGGAGCAAAUUGAGCACAAUGAGGAAGAAGGAAAAGAGGAGCAAAUUGGGCACAAAAAGGAGCAAAUUGAGCAGAUGGACCAAAUUGAGCACAUAGAGGAACAAGAAGAGAAAGAUGAGCAAAUUGAACACAGAGACCAAAUUGAACAAAUGGAGCAAGUUGAACAUAAAGAAAAAAUUGAGCCCCCAGCAGAUACAAGUCCAUCCAAUGACAAGGAAAGCCAUCAUAUGCCAAGAUUCUCAAAGAUUUAUGUAGACAAGCACACAAAUCUAGGAAUCAUCGGCCCAAGAAAAUAUUUCCAAGCAAGCAAAUUGGCUUCCUCAGAUGGAAAAACAUUCUCCCAGAGUGCUAUCAAAUUUUAA